AUGUCGGAUGAAAUGGCUUUCGCAGGCGUGCCAGCUCGUGAAGAUUGUUCAAGCUGUCCAGAAAUCGGAGAACGUUGCGCCCUGCAUCAGAGCAUGUAUCUUCGCGCCCUGGAGAGACAACGUGAACCAGGUGUCAUGACUCAGAAUCAACAGGUACUCGGCCAAGAGCGUGGUGAACACCUCGAUCAGCGGGCCAGUAAGCAGUCCAAACUGUCAAAGGAUGCAGCCAGGGAGGCAAAUCGUGUAAAGACACAAGAAGGCCAGAUGAUCAGCGUAAGUCUCUAUCCUUCACCUCUUGCCUUCUUUACAGUUAUCACGAUCGAACCUGUUCCUGUAGUCGAUGCUCACCAUUCACAGGCUCUGAAGAGAAUGAACUUCAAUGAAAGCAGAAGGCUACAAGAGCUUACCCGGAAGCAGAAGAAGCGCAACAAAAGACGCGAAGACGCCGUUCUGAAUGUUUCUGACCCCGUCAAGAUUGCCGCAAGGCAGGAAAAGGCUGCCCAGCGUGCCGCUGAUCCAAAGAGACUCGCCAAACUGGAAGCCCACAAAGAGAAAGUGGCUGAGAACAGAGCCAGAGCGCUAGCUAGACGCAGCCGCCUCGUCGAACAGCACAGGCAACAAAACAAAAGCAGCAUUCUCAUGGACGACAUUGUUGCAUCGAACGAGGUAGUGGAUCGUGCGCCAGCUAUGCAAACCUCUGGUACAGACAACGACUAUUCCCCCAGCGAUCCGGCCAGGAGGACCAGAGGUCAAAAGGCCGCUCGCGAAGUGCAAAGAAAGCUCCAGGACCUCGCCACUGUGCAUAGUAUGCCUGAGAAUACAGGUUCGGAUGCCUUCUUGGUCCGCGCAGACUGCUUGAUUGACCAGACGCUUGCAUCGUCCAUCUCUAGUCUGUCGCCUACCGAUCGUAAGAAUCUCGAAGAAGCCCUCAGCCUCGUCCGCACUGUCCAGUUGCUGUCAACCAAAGACUAUAGCCCUUGGCAAAACACUAGCACUGAAACACUGGACCGUGUCAUCCGUGGACCCGAGCCGAGGGAUCAACUUGUCUACAAACAUGAGCUCUCCAUCGAAGAUGUGCCUAUCAAGCAAGAAUAUGCGUCCGAAAGCAGCUUCACUGCGCAAGAGAACAGUCAGGAACAAUAUGGUCGCCUCAGAGGUGGAGCUAGUGGUGGCUUUGGUGUCUUUUCGCAAGAUGCUAUGGAGGGCUAG